UUGCAAGCGUGCGUGUCGCUCCGUACAGACCACAACGCUGGGAGACGGUGUUUUAGCGCCAGAUUCAUGGCUGCCACCGGCCACGCCACUCGAAACGCGAGAGUUGCAACUCACAAGGCAGAAUCUUGUUUUGUCUACUGUAUUGUUCUGACAGGAACGGGAAUUGUCGUCUCGCCUCGAUUCCCUCUCAGCCCCUUGACAAGAUUCGAUGCUUGGCUUCCCAACACACCGUUGCAUCCAUCUCACAGCCAAUGAAGAACGUCCGGUCUUCGGCAACUUCAGCCUGAGCCAGCCAGAUCGAUGGGAGCGCUUCUGGUUUGGGUUCACUCGACGAUGUGGGCAUGCUC